CGAUCUAGCAUCAUUAUGUAGCGGUAGGGGUGCUCCGUGACUAAAGCAAGCCUGCUGAGUACAUCUAGACAAGGAAGGACCGAGUAAUGUUCUAAUUAGAAAAGCCAGACGUGGGCAACUACCUAGCAGUGCCCGAAAGUCAAAACACAAGUGAAAGAUACGUCUUGUGCAUACGUCUCAACCUUUUAGCGCAAGAAAUCGGAACAAAGCUGAAAAUAAUGGGGGGCAAAGACCAAAAAAAAAAGAGGACCAGAUUUCAAAUAUAAAGUUAGUUGCCAGAAUAACAAAGCUUGUGUUAGCGUAUAUUUUCUAAAGGAUAUGAACCCCGAAACCAAAAAUAUGAUAUUUAGUGUCAUUGAUCCUCAGUGAUUUUGCAGAAAGCCACAAACUUUAUGAGACACAGACCAAAAAUAUACGGCAAAAUUGUAUACAUUCUGCAAAGCUCUGGGCAGUUUAGAGGUAGGUUCCUAUGGUGAAAAGCAUCUUUUAUGGCCAAUAUACAAGCGAGACUAGUUGAAGAAUGCCCAGGAGCUAUAGCCAACAGUAAAAAUAAAGCAGCAAGCCAGUUUAUCUCCAAGGGCUACACGUGGGUGGGAAGCAAUCAGAAAAUGAAAUGCGCAAACAAAUCAAAGGAAGACUUCAUUUAAAAACUGCAUCUUUGGGUCAGAGUGUAAUGCAGUUAAGAGAGAACAUCUUCAGCCGUGCAUCCUGCUUGGAAGAGGAAUCUUUGCUUUCUUUCAGAAGUGCCCUUUCCCAUGGACUCGAGUCUCUUAUUAAUAGCAGGGCAGCUCAACAUGUUCACAAAUACUUUGUUAAUCUGAAAAAAGGAUUCGAAAUUAUCUGUAAAGUAUCUUCCGUUGAUUUCUCAAAAGAUUACCAAGUGACUUUGCUUUGUCAAGAUUUAAAGGACGCACAGGGGAUCCUGAGUUAAAAUGCCGAAAGGAUCCCCUUGGGGUGUCAUGGUAGUAGGCCUGGCAAUUGAACUGUCCUUAAACUAACCAAAUAAAGAAUAGUAACGGGCACGUACAAUUUUCUUGGAUUUGCACAAUCUCUAAAAAGAAAAAAAGCAACGCAGAAUUCAAAGAGUUAAUGUCAUAAAACUCGAACAAGGGGUGAAAUCUAUCUCUAACAGCAAUAAAUCGGCUUAUAGUCCGGGAACAGAGGAACCUGGGGAGGAUUAAAACAAAUUCUGUAAAAUACGGACGCGCAAAAGAGGGAGGGAGACGAGUAAGGGAGGGCUUGGAUGAGUAGUGAAGAAGGCGAGAUUUCAUCCCAAUCUGUAUCUGGGUUUUAAUCUGUCUCUCUCUCUCCUUGUGUGUCUCUCAGCAGCCACAGAUCCAGGGCACAGAGCUCAGCUCCCGCAGUCGGUAGUCCCUGCACAGUGCCAAAGGCUGCUCUCUCGUCUGCUACAUGGUUGUUGGUCUUCUAUUGUGGAAUAAAAAGCAUACAUCUGCAACAUGUUCGCUCAACGUUUCUCCGUAGAGUUGUCUUUUCGACCCCCGCUAGGAUCAUGCUUGAGCAGCACGGAGUGUUUCUAAUCCAGAUGGAGUUUUGUUGUGGCUAACAUUCGAAAGAUGAACCUUUUCUGUCUUUGUCUGCUACUUUUGGAGCUGCUGGACCGGGUUUUUGGAUAUCUCACAGUCAGCAUCGAACCGCUCCCCCCAGUGGUGGUGGGGGAUGCAGUGACACUGAAAUGCAACUUUAAGACAGAUGGCAGACUGCGGGAAAUAGUUUGGUACAGAGUAACUGAUGGGGGUACCAUCAAACAGAAGAUCUUCACUUAUGAUGCAAUGUUUUCUACUAAUUACUCAAAUAUGGAGGACUACAGAAGGCGGGAGGAUCUAGUAUAUCAGUCAACAGUGCGACUGCCUGAAGUACACAUUUCUGACAAUGGACCUUACGAAUGCCAUGUGGGGAUUUAUGACAGAAUGACCCGUGAAAAAGUUGUGCUGGCUUCUGGUAACAUUUACCUCAAUGUGAUGUGUGAGUAA